UUAGGUACAAAGCCAGUGAGGUAAUUCCAAUUUUUAUUUAAAGGAAACAGAAAAAAACUCUGGAAAACUGAUAACAGUUUCCAGCUUCCCGAACGUGAUUUUUGCCUGUAAUCACGUACAUCCAUAAAGCAUGUAUAUCAAACAGUAGAAUAAGUCAAAUAUAUUUCGAGCCCUGUGACACUUUUCCUUUCGUUGGCUGUUGGCAUCUAAAUAUAACCCCUUCUUUCUUUUUUUUUACUGAUUACAAAAAAACUUUUUACUAUUGCAUGUAGAUACACCUCAACCCUUACGUGCCCAUCUGCAACAACAAAUAUCAUGAUAUUUAUUAUUUACCGAUCCUUAUGAUAUUUUGUUGCGGUAAAUUAAUUUAUUUUUUAUUCAUGAUACUAUAAAUAAGAAGAGAAGCAUCACUUUUAUUCUCCUCCAUUAACAAAAGAGAGAGAACCUAAAAAGAAGAGAAAGAGAGAUCGGAAAUGUCGGUGACAUCAACGGUGGAGGAGAACCACCAGAAAAAUCCAUCAACGCCGCCGGAGGAGAAGAAGAAGAGGAGAUGGGUGUUUUGGGAUAGAAGGUGGAGGAGAUUAGAUUAUGUGAAAUUCUCAGCUUCUUUCACUGUUCAUUCUCUUGCUCUCUUGGCUCCGUUUUAUUUCACUUGGUCGGCUCUUUGGGUUACGUUUUUGUUUUACACCAUCGGUGGUCUUGGUAUCACCGUCUCCUAUCAUCGGAACUUGGCUCACCGGAGUUUCAAAGUCCCUAAAUGGCUUGAGUAUCUCUUAGCCUAUUGUGCCCUUCUCGCUAUUCAGGGAGAUCCGAUUGAUUGGGUGAGUACUCAUCGUUAUCAUCACCAGUUCACGGAUUCGGAACGUGAUCCACAUAGUCCCAAGGAAGGUUUUUGGUUUAGUCAUCUUCUAUGGAUCUAUGACUCUGCCUAUCUUGUUCAAAAGUGUGGAAGAAGAGCAAAUGUGGAGGAUUUGAAGAGGCAAUGGUUUUACAGGUUUCUUCAGAAAACAGUGCUAUUUCACAUUUUAGGAUUGGGCUUCAUUCUCUUCUAUCUUGGUGGCAUGUCCUUCGUUACUUGGGGAAUGGGGGUAGGAGCAGCUUUGGAAGUGCACGUGACUUGCCUCAUAAACUCACUCUGCCAUAUUUGGGGCACUCGAACUUGGAAGACCAAUGACACUUCUCGUAAUGUUUGGUGGUUAUCGGUAUUUUCGUUUGGAGAGAGCUGGCACAACAAUCAUCAUGCGUUCGAGUCGUCGGCUAGACAAGGACUUGAAUGGUGGCAAAUCGACAUUUCGUGGUACAUUGUUCGGUUUUUCGAGAUUAUCGGUUUAGCGACCGAUGUGAAAGUGCCUACAGAGGCUCAACGACGUCGUAUGGCUAUCGUUCGUUGAUGAAAUUGCGAGAGAGAGAGAGGGCAUAGCAAAAGGGAUCUAUUCUAUGUAAUUAGAAUAAUUUCUAAUCCUAAAAGAGUUAUUAUUAUUGUUUUUUUUUCUUUUCUUCUUUCUUACUAUUACUUUUGAAGUUUUGGGUUAACGCAAAGGACGUUUCCGAUGUGUUUUGGUGUUGGACCAAGUUGAUCAAGAUAUUUGUCGUAAUUGGUAUUAUAAUCUUUAGUGGGAGGGCAACUAGUACGUUAAUUACGGUCUUUUUAUCUCUCUAUGUGAGACUAUUUUAAUACAUUCAUACACUUGUCUAAAAA